AUGGAGAACCAGGCUGGCAUGAUGUUGGGACAUAUUGGACUGAGUGGACUGUCUCAGGAAGAUGUGGGCGAUCCUAUAAACAUGAGGAAACAUCAGAACAUGGGUCAGCCCCAGCAGGACAUUGGUGACAUCCUCCAGCAGAUCAUGACCAUGACAGAUGAGAGUCUGGAUGAGGCCCAGGCCAGGUAAUAGCCUUUCAACAGCGCUGUAUCGUCACUAAGCUUGCACAGUCUUACACAUAUAUUAUGCACUGUUCACUAUAGUAACACCCUCAACAUAUAUCUCAUUUAAAAGGAUAAUACCAUCUUCUGAUUCUUAGAUAUCUCUGUCAUAGCCUUCAGCUUUGCAUCUUCAACUUAAUCCACCUUUUCUCAGCUGUUUUCCCUUUUACUGUGGUCACUUAACUAACUCAGACCAAUGUCAGAUUUAUUAGACUUCUUCUUGCCUGAUGAUUACAAUUUGACCAUUAUAGCCACACAUGCACAGCAGCUGUGCAUUAUUCACCAGGAAGGUCUGAUGUUUAGAAGAAGCAGACUAUUACUAUACAGUACUACCAAUCAAAUUUAAGAGUUAGGCACAAUCAUGUAAUUGAUUAUCCAAACAUCUUGUUCCCUUUUUCUUAUAAGUGAAUUUCCACUUUUCGCACUAUGAAUCUGAUUACAAACUGAUUCACAAAGCGUGGUUUCUUGGGCACUAAAAGAGGAAACCAUUUCAUCUUAUUUUGGAGCACACAAAUUCAGUCCUUGGAGAACAAUGUAAAACAGACUUUUUUUGUAAUUUCAUCAUGUUUUUGUCUCCUCAGGUUUCCAUAUUAACUCUGUUUAAACCCUCUCAUCAUCAUUAACAGCCUCUGUCACCCAGACAGAGCAGUUUGCUGAGACAUUGUACCCACAAACACUUUCAAAUGACAGUUGAAUCUGACCUUUAACCCCCUGGAUGGACGCAGAGUUGUGGCAUAAACCCACAAGUUUUAAGUUUUUUGGUGUUGAGUGCAAAAGUUACCUUGCAUGAUCAUGCUGAAAACCACAUGGUAACCCACAUGACUGGAUGGUAAAUCGAUACUAAUCUGCAUCUUAUGUUGUUAAUUUAUUCAAAGAAAAAAAUGGUCCAGUCAUUUGUACAAAUGCACACUUUGAAAUGGGGCCAAGUUUCUCAGUGGAUGACAGUCUCGGGGCUUUAGAUUAAAUGUCAGCAGGGAAAGAGCGAAACAUCUGUGCCUCAGUGAUGGAACAGAAAAAAUGACUUCAUACUGCUUUAGAGAUUAAUUGCUCCCAGUCUUGUUGUGGGUGUUCAAGUACAUACAAGCCUUUUCUCUUUUCGUUUCAAAGUGUUUCUGCAUGGUUGUACCUUCAGCCUCAUUGCUUCCUUCAGUGUAUUCAGGUGAAUCAGUCAACAAUGUGCCCAGGCCUGAUUUCAGUGGAAGACUUCAACUCUCACUCACCUGCACACAGUCUGUUCAGCACUGACUCACUUUGCAUUCACCUGAUCUGUUGUUGAUGGAUGUAAGGCUAUGUAAACUGAGAAAACUACAUCAGUCAACACAAAUCUAUCCUUUUUUUUUCAAGUUUUAAACUUGUGUUUCUCUGUCUUUUAUUUUCCAUUACAGGAAACAUGCUUUAAACUGCCACAGGAUGAAACCCGCCCUCUUCAGUGUCCUGUGUGAAAUGAAAGAAAAGAUGGGUAGGUUUUCCAUUUACUUCCUGCUUGAUGUUAACGACUAAUAACUCAUCACAGACAACAGAUGAGAGUGAUUACACAUCUGUGUUUUUUAUUUUAAACUUGUCCCCUUACAUUUUCCCCCUUUCCUCAUUAUCAAGAAUGAAAAGAGGGGAUUUGAAAGGAAAAUGAGACUAUCUGUUCUAGUACAACUAUUUUGGUUGGAUAUUUUUGAACAUAACAAAACUAGAGGGAGUUACAAUUAUGUUAUUUUUUCACCUGCUGUAAGAUAAUCUGAAACAUAGCACAUAGCAGUGUGAGCGACUCGGCUCUUGUCUCUAACUAUGCUAUAGAAUAGUCAGUGUGAGGUUGGCAGGAGGAGAGAUGCAGACUUUCCAUGGCAACUAGUUGUGCCACCAACUCACUGCCAUUCAGCUUUUCCACACUUUAAUAGCCUGAAUCUUUAGAGUGGGACACAGGGGUAAAAAAAGCAGAAACUUGGGAAAGAAGAUAAAGAGUCAGUGCUUGGGGUUUGUAGGACAGCAGAAAGAAUACACAUUAUCCCUUGCAGCCUUAAACUAUCUUGAAUUUAUUGCUAUGAAUUGGUAAUAACUGAAGUAAGGGAGAUCUGUGUGGUAAAUACGGAUUAUUUACCCCCAGCUUUGUUCAAGUUUUUUUUAUGUAGUUUAUGUCAUUUUAACUAAAAUUGGGGAAUAACACCAGUGUGGUGGUGACACUGUAUCCAAAUUAGUCCAAAGAAGAAGAAAGUGAAGGAAGUUGAGGCCGGUAUUUCAGGUGUAACAUGAUGAUCGCCAAAUGCACAUUCAACCUGCAGAGGCAUUGUUCAUAUGAGAGAGUUAACUGAGACUGAAGUUGAUCUCUCACACUGAUAGACUUUAUAGUUACACGUAGCCUCACCAGACUCUGUGAUCAUGCGUCCUGUAUCCGUUUAAUGCUCAUAGUCUCAAAUCCAUUUUGUCUGUCUAGCUGCCCUGAAAUUGUUUGACUCUCCACAUAGGAUCACUGUCUAGUAGAAAGAACCAGGCUGAAAAGAUGCAGCCCCCUGUCAUGGUUACCUUUUCCCCUGUUUUCACAUGUAGCCAAACUUUGACCAUCUAAAGAACAGAAGUUAGAAGUUUUCUGUCGCCACAGUUACCUCCUUUUUUUCUUUUUCCAAGUGUUUACUCUUACCCCGUUCUCUACCGUAAAUGAUGUGCUUCAAGGACCCGUUACAUUACAGGCCCUUAGAGUCCACCCUGAUUAGUGCAGCCUUAGAGACUACUUGUCUAAAGUCUUGUAUCAAAUUCAACAUUGCAUCCACCUGCAACAGCUUAAUCAUGAAGUCUCUAACAUGUAGGGACUAGAGGAGACAGAAACCAACAGUGAAUAAAUUUACGGGUAAUGGAAAAACAUGUAAUGCUUUGGCUCAGUGGUGUGUUGAUGCACAGCAGCUCAGCUUUGUGUCCCUCCAGAGUAACUGUGUGAGGUUUAAGCUUCUUAAUCUGCUGGUUUUGAUAUUUGACUGAAAGCAAACAUGCUGGAUGUUAAGUGAUCAAAUGGGUUUGUAAUCGGAUUAUCAUUCUGAAUAACCAGCAAUAACUAGUAAUAACAAAUCAACACAGAGCUACCCAUUUAAAGUCCCACUCCGUUUUUUUUUUUUUUUUACUAUUUUAAGUGUUCUCAGUGUUCUUUAAAUUGUGACUAUGAAGUUUUGAGCCAAAAUCCCAUUAUGUGUGUCAUUUUCAAGAGCUUUUCUUCUGCAGAGCUCCAGUAGAUCAUUAGCAAUUCACCUCUGAGUCAUGGGCGGAGACAGCGCUGCUCUGCACACGCCUCUUCAUGCUAGCUUGCAGCCUAACAUUGCCGGUGUAGUAGAAAUGACAGGUAACAUAGGAGCUAUUCAGCUCUCAGACACUAAUGUCUGUAGGGGCAUGAUAUCAUAACGAGCUUUCUUACGAGCAUUGCAAUCCGCCACCGCACACACUUGUUCCGCGAUCGCCCUCUCUAUUUCUCAGAGCCUGGCCUGCAUACUUGGGCUCUGGGGGCGGAGCUUGGAUUUGUGACAUACAAAAUCUCAGUGUAUCUGAACCUGCUGUUUGGGUCUCCCAGAUGUUCACAGCUAUUUAAAUACAGAAAUACUCAGAAAUGCAAUUUUGUACUUAUUUCUCUCACAAUAUGUCCUCUAGCAUUAGAAAAAUGCCAUAUGAACAAGUAGACAACAAGAAAAACAUGAUUUUCAUCGGAGUGGGUCUUGAAACUUGGGGUCUGGUGUGCAGGUCUUGCACCUCUUGUCAGCACGCGAUGUGAGCACUGGUAACAGUCUGUUGUUUGACUCUACCCUCCAUCCUUGUGUUGCUUCCCACUGUCAUUGUUUUCUCCUCACUUACAUCCAUUAAAAAUAACUCCUCACAUGACAGCAAUAGUGACAAACUCAGCCCACUUGUCAUUCUAUAUCCGCCUUUCUUUCCCCUCCUUCCUGCCUCCCUCUGUCAUUUUUUUCCUGGUCUAGUUAUAUCUCUCUAUUUUUAUCAACCACUUUUUUUUCCCCUUAGAGUUCAGAACAGGACAGAGGAAGAGUAAAAAGUGAGAUAAAGAUAUGAUGACACAAAACAGAAAGACACAUGGCUUCAGAGAUGGGACAGGAAAUGUAAAGAAAAAGAAAGUAGAGAUAAGAAGGGGAGAAAGAGUGACAGGUUGAUGGAUGAGAUGGAGGAAGAGGCAGUAACGGUCAUGUUGGGAGGAUUGACAGGCGGUUGAUAAUCUCCAGACCCUGAAGCCUGUCAGACUUCACAACAAUCAAAUUCUCAGAGGGGGACGGUUCACCUCCAGUGACCUUAAACAGCUGAAUUUACUCUGUCAGGUCUUUGACGUGACGCAUCAUUUCUCUACUUCUUCUGUGCUACAUUUAUUUUUUAGGUUUGUCUUAUCUCUGGUGUUAAGACUUCAUUUUUUUUUUUACUGUGAAAUGAAAUCAAUUAAAACUUCUUUAUUAUCCUACCAACAAGCUGAUUCUAUCAAUACCCUAUUUUCAAACUUUUUCAUGGUUUUAACAACAGCAACUUAAUUCUUUGUCAGGAGCUUUUAACUGGUUUUCAAACAGACUGAUUUGUACUAAUGCCUCGACAUAACCUAAAAAAAGCAAGCAAGGCAUUCAGAAACAGGACUGUCUAUUUCUGUAACGAAAGUUUUGAUGCCUCAAACUGCUGCAGGGGGGCAGAUGUCAAACCAGAUGAUUGACAGCACAUGUGAAACAGCCUUUUAGACUUUUUAACUGCAAAUAUUCACAACGAGUGACACUUUUGGGUGUCAUAAGAAAGCAGGAGAUUUUUCAAGUCAGAAAAUACUACACAGCUUUGUGAAGGACAGGUUCAGCAAAGAGAUCAAAUGGAUAUCUUUCCCUCAGGAGGCACCAACAACACAAACCAAACGUUCCUCUCAGCAGCUUUACAGGAUAAAAGGAAAUGAGUUGUUGGGCCAGUUAGUUGGGUUGAGUGAAAAAAUCUUGUGGGUGGGUUUAACAAGGAAACACAGAAAUCUCUCUAAAACAAAGAUGUCAAAAAUAUGGAAGUAAAAAAUGUGGAUAUUCUUUGAGAUUGAAGCCAUAAGAAAAAAAAAUGCACAGAACCAACGAUAAACCUUGAAUAUUCCCAGAGACUGUUCUAUAAACGGUUAUAAACCAAUCUCAGCUCGUUGCAGUGGACACACACACACACACACACACACACACCCCUGGCUCGAUAGACAGCACCUGUGAUUUACAAGCUGAGCUGGUGAGUUUCCAGGUCCACAUUUCUGAAGUUUUAGGCCACUGCUGAAAGAGUAAGAGUGAGCUGAGUCUGAUUAUACCUUUUUCUACUGUGGUAAGAAGACCCAUUCCUUGUUUGGUGAAUGAAUCUUACAAUGUGAACAACCCAAAAAUAAAAAGAGAGAUUCCUGCCUCUCAGACCUCUCUCUCUCUCUCUCUCACUCUCUCACUCUCUCACUCUCUCUUUAUCCCUCUCUUGAGUUAAACAUGUAAUUCAUUAUCCAUUAGAAUAGUUUUCCCCAGCACACAAAUCUAGACUCCCACUGAUGAAUCAGUUUGGUGAUAGCGUGGUAUUUAGCUCUUCAAUUCUCAAAGAGUAUGUGACUUAUUUCUCAUUCAAUUCUGGAGAUUUUGUGCUUUUUCUCUGAAUACCCCCUCCCCCUGGUUCCUGUAACUAAGUUCGUUUUCCCCUCGAUAUCUUACAUGAAUAAUUUGGCUCAGGAGGUGUUAAUAUAGGACAGAAAUAAAAGGCUGAGUUAGAAGCAGUGAGGCUGAAGUGUUAAACAGUAAGAAUGUACAUAUGAAUGAGGAGGAAAAAUCAAAGGGUGUCGACAUAGACUCUAUGAUUACCUCUGAGUUGCUGGAUUAUUUUUUCAAUCCCAGUUAAUCCCGCACACCAGUGUGGAGGUAGUGCUGGUGUUUGUGAGUGUGUGUGUUUGUGUGUCUGUCAGGCAGACGCGUGGGCUGUCAUCGACCUCAUUGAAGGAUUAUAAAUAUGAGACGAUCUCUGGAACUACACCGUAAUUGCCUCCUAAUUUGCAUAAGCGUGCAAAUUAACGACCUCUCAAAUGAGCUUUCAUUUUUCACAGGGUCUUUAGCAGCUCCUUAAGAGCUGCCAUUAAUUAACAGCUGUGUGGGUGUGUGUGUAUGUGUGUGUGUGUCUGUUUGUGCAAGAAUGAUAGUGUAUGUGCGCCUCUAUUUCUUUGGGUAUGAGGAUGCCAAGAAGUGCUGGCACCAAAGCCGUAGCAACAGCUAAUGUUUAUCUUCAUGUAAACCCGUCUGUCUCUGCUCUGCGGCUCAUAUUUAAAACUGAGUCCUGGUACAUCAUUCUCUGAAGUUCAUUUAGGUUGUCUGUGGAGACUUUAAAUGAGAGUAUUUGUUUUGGUUCACAGUUGUUCUCUUUAGAGGGGCUGCACCUUUUAUCAAAUGCCAGCAACAAUGAUGAAAAAUCAAAUAAUCCAUUAAGUCUUUUUCAAGCAGAAAUGAAAUAUUUGCCUGUUUUAGCCAGGGCUGAAACGAUUCCUCGAUUACAAAAAAUGAUUGAGGAAUUUUCUCUGCCUUGAGUAUUCUUCAUAAACUCAAAUCGUCACAGUUUCGCACAGAUUAUUUUCAAAGUGACGCAAUGCGCUUACAUCACCACGGUAGAAGGAGGAGCAAGCACAGUUUUGGUUUUGCAAAGUGGAAAAAAUGAAUGAUGAGAGAGGCUUUUCUUGUGAAGAACUCUGGUAGGUGAAAUAUUUUUUUUUUGUCGGAUGGUAGGGAAAGGUCCCACCUUCCUUCGCCUCUGAUUGGCUAGAAGUGCUGGGCUCCGAUUGGUUAUUCCUUAUGGCUGUGAAACGUCAUCAUCUGUCGGGUUAGGCUUAGGGUUAGGAGAUUCAGAAGUGCGAUAAUGUUCUGUAAUGUUCUAUUCGAUGUACAGAGCCGACAGCCCACGUUUGGCUUUAGCGUGUGAUGACGUUUCCAGCUUUUCUAGCCAAUCAGAGGCAAAGGAGGCGGGACUUUCCCCUACCAUCCUAUAAAAAAAAUCACCGCUGGUAGCCCUUAGCACUUCACCUCUGAGUUGUGGGCGGAGACAGCACAGCUCUGCACACUCCUCCAUGCUAACUUGCAGCCUAACAUUGCUGGUGUAGUAGCAGAGGCAGGUAACAUAGGAGCUAUUCAGCUCUGGGACACUAAUGUCUUUGGGGGCAUGAUGAAAGUUAAUAUCAUAAUUAGCUUUCUUACGAGCAUUGCAAUCCGCUACCACACACGCUUGUUGCGUGAUUGUUCCGCGAUAAUUGCACUUUAACUAAAAAUUAUGUUUUGUCCAAUUACUCGAUUAAUUGAAUACUCAAUUACAAAAUUUCUCGAUAGCUGCAGCCCUAGUUAUAGCUUCUUAAAUGUGGAGAUUUGCUGCUUCUCUUCACCAUUUAGGAUAUAAAUCCAAGUGUUUCAGGCUUUUCAGUGAUCCAUCUUAGAGGUGAUACUUGGCCUUGACCCCUCAAAAUGUUGACAAAAGGAUUUUUUUUCUACCAAGUUUUUAAUGUAUCGCAGACUCACAGAUAUAUUUGAAGUCAAACAAUAGACAGGAAGAUCAAUCACGAGAAAAAAGCAGCCCUAUUUAUUGAGUGUCUUAAUGCUUUACUUGCAUGAAGCCUUAUGGUCAAUAGCUGGCAGUCACACACUUCAUGCUGUUUAGGAAGAGACAUGGGGUAAAUUUAGUGUCUGGGGGCUAAAAGAUGACAAACCUGGGCUCUCAAGUGCCAUUUGGUAAAAACUGAGUGUUCAUUCUCAGAGUUUUUUCACCUUGUGUUUUUAGGAUCUAUUUCUGAGGCUCAUUUAGAGAACGACUGCAGCAAGAAACAAUUGAGUGUGCUGUUGAAAUAUUGUAUGUAUGUCGUUUGUCUUGUGCUGUAGGAGAGUGCUCUCUGCUGGUUGUUACAGUGAUAUAACACACACUAUAUAUGUCAUAGUGAGAUGGUGAGGCAAUACGUAAUGCACAAUAACUUUAAACUCCAUCCCGUCUCAUAGUUAUCCAGUCACACAUUGAUUCUGUUUGUUCUCGACUGUGUUCACAGCAUGACUUUGUGCUUCACACUGUAAGGUAGUGUCUAUCGAAUUAAGUUAUCAAGAUUAGUGAGCAACUCAGCAGCUUAAUGAGUCAAGUAUCGACUGAGUCAUUGAAACUUAAAAUCCUUCAACAUGCCUCUGAUCAGCAGGGAUUACAAUGGUUGGUAGCAGUUUGACUGAAAGCCAGCAGGUCUUGUGCCAAACGGUGUUAUGUAGUUGUAGUUACAUGUAUGUUCAGUGUGAAACCAGUUUCUCCUGUCCAACCAGACUGAGUCAGACAUAAUGACGAGACAGCAUUACAUAAGCAGCUUCAACCAGCUUUGUACUCUGCGCUCCAUUGUCUCUCUUCACCCUUUGAUGUCUUUAUUUUGGAUUAACUUGUAGAGUGAUUUGUGCCACUGAUUAAAAUAAUUCUCCUUAUUUGAGAAAACACUUACCAGUUGUGAGGAUAUUGUAUGAAUGUUUCUGUUCAUCUCCACAGCUCUGGGUAUCAGGGGUAUCCAGGAAGAGGAUGGUCCAGACCCUCAGAUCCUGCGACUGGACAACAUGCUGUUAGCAGAGGGCGUGGCCGGUCUGGAGAAAGGCGGGGCCUCUGCAGCCGCAGCUGCGGUCGCUCUUGCAGCUGGAGGGUCACCCAAUGAUGGGAGCUUACAGCAUGAAGAGUACAGAGAGAAGCUGGCUCAGAUACGACAGAUGUACCACUCUGAGCUGGAGAAAUAUGAACAGGUGUGACAUUUGAGUAAAUAAAAGUUUGAUUUGUGUCCACUUGUCAGCUGCUGUGAUACUAAAAUAAGUCUUUUCUGUUCAAGGAAAAUUAUAGUUUUUCCUCUCUCUCUCCGUAAGUCAACCCUCUCAAUCCCUCCACUCCCACAGGCAUGUAAUGAAUUCACCGACCAUGUGAUGAACCUUUUAAGGGAACAGUCCCGUACCCGACCCGUCUCCCCCAAAGAGAUCGAGCGUAUGGUGGGAAUCAUCCAUCGCAAGUUUAAUACCAUCCAGAUGCAGCUAAAGCAGAGCACCUGUGAGGCUGUCAUGAUCCUGCGCUCCAGAUUCUUGGAUGCCAGGUAGGAGUGUUCAACAGACAACCUAACCCGGGAUGAGGAGGAGGGUCGCUGACUUUUCAUUGUUGUAUUGUCACUUUUGUCUCAUAGACGGAAACGGAGAAACUUCAGCAAGCAGGCGGCAGAGGUUCUGAAUGAAUACUUUUACUCCAAUCUGGCGAAUCCAUACCCCAGUGAGGAGGCCAAGGAGGAGCUGGCUAAGAAGUGUUCCAUUACUGUCUCUCAGGUCUGAAUGACAAAGACACACUGGGGAAAAUGGGGCUGUUCUUCAACUACAGGAGGGUCACGUUAGAUAAAUAUUGGCGGGUUUGUGGGCCACCAAGAGUAUUUAAACAGCACAAUAUUUAAUGACAACACAACAUGUUUAAAAAGCACUAUUACAGACAAAGCUGUUUUUCUUAGAAUAAGCUGUGCAUGCCUUCUAUUUUUACUUUCUCAAGCUACAUUCAAAACAUAACUUCAUGGUUUAUUGCUUGUUGCAGCGUGUAGCGUGCAUAUUUGAAUCUGGAAAUAUUUGAAAUAUGCUUCACCUUUAACCCAGUGGACUGUUUUUAUAUCACAUUCCUGCUUUGCUUUGCAUUUUUAAUGGGGUUAGCUCACAAAUGCUUGCUCCAGCCUCCUCUUUACACAAGGACAGUCUGCACUAAGUUGUUCUAACCUAAUCUUAAUCAUAUUGCUGACACUCCAGCCUAACCUGGAGGUGGCCUCUAGGGGGUUUUUCAGAAAAGAGAGAUUUGUAUCCAGGCCAAAGGCUGCACGUCAGAUUGCCCUGGUUUAGUCUUGCUGCAUGUUCUGGCCAGCCUUUGACCCAUUUACCCCUCUGACUCCCUCAGGUGUCUAACUGGUUUGGUAACAAGAGAAUUCGGUACAAGAAGAACGUUUCAAAGCUCCAGGAGGAAGCUAACAUGUAUGCCAGGAAGACAGCCGCCUGUGUGUCUUCACAGGCCAGCCAAGGGAACUCCCCAGCCACUCCAAACUCUGGUACAUACACUCAUAUAUACCCUAUACCUCCAGACACAGCACUAUUUAUCAGCUGAACCUUUUCUGCCUUAUUUCUGCCUCUUCCCCUCCUGAGUAGAUGAUGCCAACACUGUCAGAAAAAAAAUGUAAAUCAAACUUUAAAUCAGUGAGAUUUAAAGGCCAGGAAGAGGAUCAGGUUUAAACAAACCAUCAAAGUCAUAGACGUCCUACAACCUCUUAGUCAGUCGCUCUUUUAGUCAGUGUUUUUACCAACUGAAUCAAAAAAGUCUGAGUAGGAAGCAUGCAAUUUCACUCUAACUUUCAGGUACAGAUCUUAAAUAAUAAAGUAUUCUGUUUGGUUAGUUAGAUUUUUAAUGACUUAUUAAGAGUGCACCUCCACUGGUACCUUUCAAAAGUAGACUGGGCAUCUAUAAUAAGUCGUAAAACUUCAUUCAUCCUCUUCAGUGCUCCUUUGACUUGUAGGUCCUGCUGGACUCUGUUUCUUUUCUCUACGCGAUGACAGCCUUGUCUAAGAAAAAAUGCAUGUCAGUAAAGUUCGAAUUGGAAGUCUGUUUUUCUUUGUGUGUAAAGCAAUGCUUUGUGUGUGUCAACAGGAGGAUACCCGGCACCAUGUUACACUCCUGACGGCAGGCUAUGAGGGCAUACCUGAAGUAACUCUCUCCAGUCCCUGUUGUCUCCAUGUGAGUUGCUAUGGUUACACACUCUCCGGAUGAGUAGCCAUGGUAACAGUGUAUCCCUGUGUUCGUGUGUUGUAAACCAAGCUGAUGGAGGUCCUUUGCAAUACUGCACUUCAUCACAUACUGACUCUGAAGUAAAUUGUAGCAUUAAAGGAAACGUUCACACAAAAUGUAGGUCUUCUAAAAAGAGAUUUAAGUGUCUCAGCUCUAAAUUUCCCUGCUCCGUUUUGGAUUGGUCUACUUAAUUACUUAUUAUUUAUUACAGCGAAGUCACUGAAAUUCUAUAGACAAAGCAGAUACAGCGGAGUUGAAAUGUAUAAGAGCUUGCCUGUCUUUAACAUUAGCAUUGAGUGAAAGUUGUUACUGGUAGUGACAGACAAAACCACAAAUACAAAAAUAGUGAUCAGCAUACUUGCACUGGGCCACCAAACAGAACAAAUAUACAAAGAAAAUCAAUAUUUGUGUUAUAUUAUGUCAAAUGUGGUGAACAUACUAUACACAGUGUUGAUGUAAAAGUGAUUUUUUUAGUCUGGGGGGAUAAUUGGACUUUGCAGCUGAUGCCCUGUUUUGCUCUUUUUCUGUAGGUCUCUGAUGUUAGACAGGACUGA